CGCGUCAUCUGGCAAGGCAGUGGGCACCAAGUCACCAGGCACGACAGUGGGCAUCAAGUCAUUUGGCUGGACAGUGGGCACCGCAUCAUCUGGCAAGGCAGUGGGCACCAAGUCACCAGGCAUGACAGUGGGCUCUGAGUCAAUUGGCACGACAGCGGGCACUGGGUCAUCAGGCAUUGGAUCGUCUGGCUCGACAGCAGGCAUCAGGUCACCAGCCAUGACAGUGGGCACCGGGUCAUCAGGUACCAGAUCGUCUGGCUCGACAGCAGGCACCGGAUCAUCUGGCGCUGGAUCGUCUGGCUCGACAGCGGGCAUCGUGUCACCAGGCAUGACAGCGGGCAUCGGGUCAUCAGGCAUUGGAUCGUCUGGAUCGACAGCGGGCAUCGGGUCACCAGGCAUGACAGCGGGCACUGGGUCAUCAGGCAUUGGAUUGUCUGGCUCGACAGCGGGCAUCGGGUCACCAGGCAUGACAGCAGGCACUGGGUCAUCAGGUACCGGAUUGUCUGGAUCAACAGCGGGCACCGGGUCAUCAGGCAUUGGAUCGUCAGGCUGGGUAGAGACAUCAGGCUGAAGUGCGGGUGCCGAGGCACCAGGCUGAACCACGGAAGGCAGGUUCUUAGACGGCAGGCUCACCGGUUUGGAUUCUGGCAGGAUGGUACUGGUUGGAAAGAAUUUUCGCUUUUUUCUGGUUUUAACUACUGGAGCAUUGCAAGUAAACGCAGGUCUGCAAACGAAUGGAGCAGCUGAGGACAGAGAAGAGCUGGAAGAUGGAACAGAGGAGGGAGCAGUUGCUACAGAGGACUUCUUUACAGGGUUAAAGAAAGGAUAGGUGCAGCGAGUGGGAGCAGAGGACUGAUAUGUGGUAGUUAG